AUGCUUCCCAAGUCAAAAAUGAUUCUGGGGUUCAUUGUGCUAGGCCUUUAUGCCUGCAGCGGCAAAUUUGUGGACAUUGCUAAAAGCACCACUUACUUCACCCUGUGCGUGGAAUUUGCCGUGUUUCAGUACAAUGAAGCACAGCCAGAUGAGUUUGCCUACAAGCUGCUGUGGGUGCGACGCAGUCAGCAAAAGAUAUUUAGUUGGACCUAUUUAAUGGAUUUGGAGAUGGGUCGCACAAUUUGUAAAAAACAUGAUGAAGACAUAAACAACUGCCACUUGCAAGAAGGCCCAGGAAAGAACACGGUGAGCUGUACUUUUGUGGUGAAUAUCAUCCCUAUACCAGUCCACUUCACCCUCUUGAAUAGCACCUGUCUUCAGAUAAAGAUUGAGGAGGAUUCUGCCUUUACUCAGGGAACAGAUUUCUUUUACUAUGAAGAUUGA